AGGAUCCGCUGCAUAGCCUGAGCUCAGCUGACUCGCUCCGCUGUUAUUAUGAUGUCCGCGACGGGGCGACACCCAAACACGGUGCGGCAAAACAAGCAAAUUACGCGCAGCAUCGCGGCUAAUGAGUGAGUGCGCAUGAAGGAAGCAUCAUGAGUCACGACUGAGGUCUGGAGGAUGUCUUUCAAGCUUCAUUUCAAGAAGGAAACACCCCUGGCUAACGCUGUGUUCUGGGCGGCGAGAAAGGGAAACCUGGCCCUGCUUCAGCUGCUGCUCAACAGCGGGCGAGUGGACGCGGACUGCAGAGACAGUUAUGGAACAACAGCCUUGAUGGUGGCAUCGUACGGUGGCCAUUAUGAGUGCGGCAAAGAACUCAUUGUGCAAGGAGCAGACAUCAAUUAUCAGAGAGAGACAGGUUCCACAGCUUUGUUCUUCGCCUCGCAGCAGGGACAUUGUGACGUUGUGAAGCUGCUGUUUGAAUUUGGUGCCUCCACUGAACUACAGACAAAGGAUGGUGGCACGGCUCUCACCGUUGCGUCACAAUACGGUCACUCCAUGGUGGUGGACAUCCUGUUGAAGAAUGGAGCCAAUGUUCAUGAGAGGCUAAAUGAUGGAGCUACCCCUCUAUUCCUUGCUGCCCAGGGGGGUCAUGUGACUGUGAUUCGUCAGCUGCUGGCUUCAGGUGCCAAGGUCAACCAAGCCAGGGAGGAUGGCACUGCACCCUUGUGGAUGGCAGCUCAGAUGGAUCACACUGAGGUGGUGAAGGUCCUACUUUUGCGUGGAGCAGAUCGGGAUGCUGACAGAGUAGAUGGAUCAACGGCAUUAUUCAAAGCAGCAUUGAAAGGACACAACAACGUCAUCGAGGAGCUUCUUAAAUUUUCUCCUACACUUGGCCUUCUCAAGAAUGGUUCCACCCCCCUUCAUGCUGCUGUCAUGAGUGGAAAUCUUCAAACUAUUCUGCUGCUGCUUGGAGCCAACGCUGAUCCCACUUUACCCAAUGAGCAUAAUGAACUCCCUUCUCAUCUUACAAAGAACGAUCGCAUUCUGAAGGUUUUACGUCAAAAAGUUAACGGAGACAGUUGAUGAAAGCCUAGACUCUCCUCCUUCAUGUCGGACUGUACAUCUCUGAUGUGUUGUGAGGGGGAAGAAAAACAUUAACAGUGUCAAAACUACUCAACUGCAAUAUGUACUGUAGACGUUGCUUGGUUAUUGAUAUUGGCUGAAAUAAAGCUGUGAAAUUAUGAAUAAAAAAGAACUGAAUGUAAAAUAACAAAAA